AUGGCGAUUUCAGAAGAAGAAGCGAAACUCGGAAUGUUCCUUGAUUGGCUUCAGGUGAACGGAGCUGAACUACGAGGCUGCAACAUCAAAUAUUCCGAUUCCCGAAAAGGAUUUGGCAUAUUCGCCUCCAGCUCCACUGAAGCUUCCGAUGAUGUUUUGCUUGUUGUUCCGCUUGAUUUGGCCAUUACUCCUAUGAGAGUUCUUCAGGAUCCUCUACUGGGUCCAGAGUGUCAGAAAAUGAUCGAACAAGGACAAGUAGAUGACCGGUUUCUCAUGAUUCUGUUCCUCACUUUGGAGCGUCUUCGUAAAAACUCUUCUUGGAAGCCGUAUCUUGAUAUGCUUCCUACUCGUUUUGGCAAUCCUCUUUGGUUUUCCGAUGAUGAGAUCCUUGAGCUGAAAGGGACAAACUUGUAUCACGCUACCGAGUUACAGAAGAAGAAGCUAUUUUCACUUUACCAUGAGAAAGUGGAGGGUCUCGUGAAAAAGCUUCUUGUUUUGGAUGGCGAUUCCGAAAGUGAGGUCUCCUUUGAACACUUCCUCUGGGCCAAUUCUGUAUUCUGGAGUCGUGCCUUGAACAUUCCUCUUCCACAUUCUUUCGUUUUUCCACAAAUCCAGGAAGAUGUUGGCGGAUGCCCAUCAACAAGUCAUACACCUGAAACGAAUCCAGUUAAUUCAAAUGGGGAAAAAGAUAUUUCGGCUCCAGUCUCUAGCGCAACAUCUGUAGGGCCCGGAGAUACUGUGUGGGUUGAGGGGCUUGUUCCUGGCAUUGACUUUUGCAACCAUGAUUUGAAGCCUGUGGCGACUUGGGAAGUUGAUGGGACCGGAUCAGUAUCUAGAGUUCCUUUCUCCAUGUACCUUCUCUCCGUUGCACAAAAUCAUAUCCCAGACAAGGAGAUUACGAUCAGUUAUGGUAACAAAGGAAAUGAGGAGCUUCUUUACCUAUACGGAUUUGUGAUAGAGAACAAUCCAGAUGAUUAUCUCAUGGUACAUUAUCCUGUGGAGGCGAUUCCGAGUAUCCCUUUUUCUGACUCCAAGGGACAGCUUCUUGAAGCUCAGAACGCUCAACUCCGGUGUCUACUGCCAAAAUCGGUUCUGGAUCGUGGGUUUUUCCCACAAGCCACAUCAAAAGUCAGAGAAAGCGAGGAGAAAGAAACAGUCAGAUCCUGUAAUUUCAGUUGGUCUGGGCAGCGCAAGAUGCCCUCAUAUAUGACCAAACUAGUUUUCCCAGAAGAUUUUAUGACUGGCUUGAGGACCAUUGCCAUGCAAGAAGAUGAGAUUUACAAGGUCUCAGCUAUGCUCGAAGAGCUUGUAGAGUCAAGACCAGACGAGCAACCUUCUGAAACUGAGGUCAGGAUGGCGGUAUGGGAAGCAUGCGGGGAUUCUGGAGCUUUGCAGUUACUUGUGGAUCUCCUUAAUACAAAGAUGAUGAAGCUGGAAGAGAAUUCGGGCAGUGAAGAACAAGAUGCUUGGCUCCUCGAGGAGGCAUCGAGGGAGUUGGAGGAUGGGAGAAGGAUGAGCAGAAACAAGUGGUCAAGCGUAGUGUACCGGAGAGGGCAAAAGCAACUCACAAGACUGUUGAUGAAGGAAGCCGAGCAUGCCCUUCACUUAGCCCUCUCCUCUGACCAUUGA